UUGUCAGGUAACAUAGCUGGCAGUACGGGGGAAGAACGUACCAUAGUAGUGUAUUUUAUUGUUUUACUCAAAUGCUAAUAAAUAGAAAUGGGAGAAACAAAUCGCAGAGGUAAUAACAUGUACGGACGAGAUACAAUGAACGCCGCUGCUGCACCACUUCACCACCACCACCACCACCACCACCAAACCCAGAUCGACAAUGACGACGACGACGACGUCACCGCCGCGGGUGGUGGAGAUAACCCUACUUCUCACAUUCGCUACGACCAUCAUCCUCACGCGCUUCACAACAACGGCGGCGCGUCAAUGGAUGCUGCUAAUGCGAUCAACGGUGUGGAUAACGCCUUGUAUUGUCCACCUUCGGAUAUUGUUACGGCUGCUGCUGCUGGUGGUGGAGCUUCUGAUCAACUUACGCUGUCGUUUCAAGGCGAAGUUUAUGUUUUCGAUGCCGUUUCACCUGAAAAGGUUCAGGCGGUGCUGUUAUUGUUGGGGGGAUACGAAGUCCCUGCUGGCAUCCCUACUGUUAGUGUGGCUCCCCAAACUCAGAGGGCUUCAGGUGACUUGCCUGGAAGAUUGAAUCAACCGCAAAGAGCUGCUUCUUUAAAUCGUUUUAGGGAAAAGAGGAAAGAACGGUGUUUUGAUAAAAAGAUCCGUUAUACUGUGCGGAAGGAAGUUGCGAUGAGGAUGCAGCGUAAGAAGGGUCAGUUUACAUCUGCAAAGUCAAUAUCUGACGAAGCAGGUUCUUCUUCUGCAGAUUGGAAUGAAGGCUCUGGUCAAGAAGAACAGGAAACAUCAUGUAGACAUUGCGGUAUUAGUUCGAAAUCCACUCCUAUGAUGCGCCGUGGACCAGCUGGCCCAAGGUCUCUUUGUAAUGCAUGUGGACUCAAGUGGGCUAAUAAGGGAAUUUUAAGAGAUCUUUCUAAAGUUCCAACUCCUGGAGCUCAGGACCAAACUGCAAAAUCUGGUGAACAGAUCACUGGUGAACCUAAUGGCUCGGACGCCAUGGCUGCUGCUGCUAUCAUCACUCCAGAAGGCGACAACAGAGUUGUCACUGCUGAACGGUGAGGGAGAAUCCUUCUUGCUAUUAUUGUGGUGGCAAUUGAGGUUGAAGUGAGAUGAGAGAUUCAUCUGUUGUACUAUGCGCCAAAAUUAGAUUGUACAUAGUAAAAUAUUGUAACUUUUAGGCAUCCGACAUUGGUUCUCAGAGUUUUAGUGUUUUAUUCUGGUGUUCAAAUGUAAUUGAAAUCUGUCAUUUUGUAUCCCAAAUCGAUACACCUCAGUAAGCAUAAAAGCAUUUUGGAAGAGCA